AUGAGCUCGGCAACUAGUCGUCGGCAGAAGCCGAAUAUUCUUAUUGCUGGUACCCCUGGUACUGGUAAAACAACAAUAUCCAAGCAGCUGGAAGAAAUGACCCAAUUCAAUCACAUCGAAGUUGGAGAAUUUGCCAAAAAAAAUAAUUUGUUAGAGUCGUGGGAUGCAAAGUACAAUUGCCACAUCAUCGACGAGGAUAAGGUCGUUGAUAAACUGGAACAAGUCGUACCUGCUGGUGGUUACAUCAUCGAUUAUCAUGGCUGUGAUUUUUUCCCAGAGCGAUGGUUCGAUGCGGUUUUUGUAUUGAAAACGGAUAACACUAUCUUAUAUGAUCGAUUGCUAGCAAGGGGCUAUGAUGAAGCCAAAAUUCGCGAAAAUGUAGAGUGUGAAAUCUUUCAAGAAAUUGUAUGCGAAGCACAAGAUAGUUACAGAGAAGACGUAGUAAUGGAACUUCAAAAUGAUUCACUAAAAGAUAUUGAAAGCAAUGUUAACCAUAUAAGGCAGUGGAUCGAUAGCUGGACUGGUGUUAAGAAAUAG